AAGACUGAACUUUGCUUUGCUACCAAGUGGAAGCAACGCAGAAAAUUUCGAUUUUUAUCCGUGGGAACUACUGUGGGCUCAUUCUGCUGUGUGAAUGCUGCUCCUAUGGUCAUCACUGACAUCACGAUACGCUGCGUUGAGCUGACUGGAGAUCAGUGACGGGGAACCGCUCAGACCGUAGAGCUCAUUUUCUCCUCAUUUAUCGGCUUGUGCGUUUGGACGAACGAAGCAGUGUGUCUCACCUCACAGCAACAUUGAGAGGGGCAGUGAAGGGAGCUUAACUAAGAAAAAAGAUACAACUCACCAUUUUGAGGAGAGAUUAAAGGCAGCUUCGUCUUUCUUGUUUUCUGGGUCGUUCGCGUGAGUGCCGUGGACCACCUUAAGUUACUCUUUAAUUUUGAAUUUGUUCUUCGUGACUACAUGUCUUACUGGAUUUCCUUCCCUAUCAUGAAUUCGCUGCGGAAUGUCACAUAAGGUCUGUAUUGAGUAAUAAACAAUUAUUUAUCCGUAGGUUCUUUUUAGACUUAAUUAAACGCCGUGAAGGAAUAUGGCAAAAAAUGUUUUAGACAGUGCGAAGGAUGAUUUAAGUAAAAUCUCAGAUGAGGAACUCCUCAGAUGCAGCAAAGAUGAAUUGGUUCGAAGACUCAGAAAAGUGGAUAAUGAAAAGAUGAACUUAAUGGUGGAACAUGGGAACAUGAUGAAAGACAUCAAUCGGAGGCUGCAAGUUCAUCUUCACGAGAUCAGGAGCUUAAAAGAAAUCAACCAGAAACUACAGGAUGACAACCAUGAACUCAGAGAACUGUGCUGUUUCUUGGACGAUGAUCGGCAAAAGGGCAAAAAGCUGUCCCGGGAGUGGCAACGCUUUGGCAGGUACACAGCCAGCGUGAUGUGGAAGGAGGUAGGUAUUUACCAACAGAAACUGAAGGAACUAGAAGUCAGCCAAGAGGCGAUGCUGCGUGAAAAUGUAGAGUUGAAAGAGAUAAUUCUCAUGCUGGACGAGGAGAGGAAUGGUGCGGGUUCUAGAAGCUCCAUAGACAGUCAGUCCAGUUUGACCAAUUUGAACGGUGGCUCGAGUACUGUACGGGAUGUUGGGGAUGGCAGCAGCACCUCCAGCACUGGCAGCGCUGGCAGUCCCGAUCACCAUCACAGUCAUAUACAUAAGUCUGCGGAGAGCAAUAUAACGUCCAUAAGGAGGUCCAUGGACGACCUCUCCACCAACCAUCACCACAGAAGCAUACCGAAUGGAUUGAACGAUUCAUCCUCAAACUAUAUCCGCCAACUGGAAUCCAAGGUCCGGAUCUUGGAGGAUGAUAACAACAAGCUUUUGUCUCAGAAAGGGAAUGUUGGAGACCAGAAGACGCUACGGAAGGGGCUUUCUCUAUACCACUCAGAAUCCCAGCUGUCUUCUCUCAGCCAGUACCAGGAUGCCUUGCAGAACGGCUCUGCACGCAUGUCCUCAGUAGACCUGUCAUCCUCUUACAUGCCCUCAGCCCAGAAACCUGAGGCAGUGGUUCAUGCCAUGAAGGUGCUGGAAGUCCAUGAGAACCUGGACAGGCAAAUACCCGAGGAUUAUGAGGAGGACCUCAGUGAGAAAGAGAAGGCCAUUGUCAGGGAGAUGUGUAAUGUGGUGUGGCGUAAACUGGGAGAUGCAGCGGGCUCCAAGCCAUCCAUCCGGCAACAUCUUUCUGGGAAUCAGUUCAAAGGCCCUUUGUAGCUCCAGCAUGUAUGACCACCGGCGCACAGGACAAACUGGGACUGUGGCAUUAAUUUGGGACAAGAACUCUCGACACUGUGUAACCUGGAUUAGACUCACAAUCAAAAAAAAAAAAAAAGAAAAAGAAAAAAAAAAAAAAAAGAAAAAACUGUUUGCUGUAUUGACUGCCACCCCAGUUCCUAAAACCCACCUUCACUCUCCUGGACUUUUUAAAGCUAUAAAAUGGUGGAUGGGUGAACCUAGUGAUAUAGUGGGCUCUCUUUUUGCCUAAGCCAGUUUGAAGUUAUUUAACUGUAUACCUGUGAAGUAUUAAAGACAGGCAGCUGGUUAGCAUAUUUGCAUUCCAGAUUUUGAAUUUUGAUGAUGAAACACACUUUUUUUUUCUUUUUUCAUUUUAAUUAAGACUGGAAUCCAGAAAACCAUGAUAGAUGAAAAUGGCACCACGUUCUGGAAACUUCUCACUUUAUUUUCUAGAGUUGCCAAGUCCUGUGAAUGUGUGAAUUUAAACUGAUCACUGAUUCAUGCCCUGUGCUAGAAGUUUAAUAUUUAAUUUUACUCAGUGUUUCAUAGGCUGAAGCUUUGUUCUUAAAGAAAAUUAAUCACAUCUUUUCCCUGAGUAUCAUUAUUACAAAAUGUAACAAAAUACAUUAAGCUACAUACAAUACGAGUCAGUGUUAGUCAGAAAUCAUCUUUGCAUCCUUAUCAUUUCACAUCUGUAUAAAUUAAUCAUGUGAUGCUACCAAGUUAGCCACUUUGUUGCACGUACAGCUCCAACAUGAAGAAAACAUCUGGUUUAAACAUCGAAUACAUUCAAAAUGACUUGGCCAAACACUUAUUACAUAUAUUUCAAUCUGUAUUGGAAUAUAAAUUGUAUGUUAGUUUCUCCUUGUUUUUGAAGCUAAACUAAAAAUUCCUUUAAUUCACCAUCAAAUCAUUAUUUUUCUAAUUUGACAAUCAUAAUAAGCUCUGUAGGGCCUGAUACUGUCACUUGCAUUUAUCUGUCUGUAGUCUUCAAAUAAAAGCAUAGACUCUUCGCUAAGGCCCAUUUGUAGGAGUCCUGUAUGCUGUAUGAGGUCUUGUAACUGCUCUAAAACAUUGUGUAGUUCUAGCUACGCAACAUCUCUUUGUUAAGUGCUGUAAUGAAAUUGGCCUUAAAUGAACUAGCAGCUGCUUAAAUCUCUAUGUAAUAUCCAGGCUAAAUUCUCGGUAUUCAGAAUUGAAGCUGCUGGGGUCUUCAAGCUAAGUCCUAAAUUCUGUGUUUUUGAGGUAUGUUAAGCCAAAAUCUGUCUACACUAUAUGGGGUUAACAAGCUAAGUCUAAGCCAUAUGAGUGCUGUCAAUGCUGUUUGCAGUCUCAUAGCUUUACACAGUUUAUAGUGUUAGGUGUUUUAGCUGAGUUCGAUCAGUGUUCUUAGACUCCAAUACUGCUAGACUAGGUUUGAGCUUUCUGUGAUGAAUGUUGUCAAUAUUUUCUGAGGUCACUUAGCCUUGGUUCUUUGUAAACUUUAAAAGACCUUAGGGCUAAUUUUGUGUAUGUAGGUUAGGAGACAUCUGGGCUAAGUCACUUAACAGUAUGUAUGAGAUCUCUGAAAAUGAGUCUUAUGUUUUCUUAAAUCUCUAGCUGAGUGAGCAUGCAGUACAUCUUUGCUGAGUCCUGUGUAUACUGAUAAAGGUCCCUUAGCAAAGUACUGAAUAUGCAAAAAUGAAGACUGCUUCAAAAGAUAUUUGCUGCAUUCACCCAUAACAGAGUUAUAAAUCCUGAUUGAAUCCUGAUUUUUGGUUAAGCCAUAUUUUUUAAUUUACUUUGGUAAAAAUUAAAACUGAUGAGCUCAGCAUUCUGAAAAGCCAGCGUGAUCUUAAAUGUUUAAUUUGUUUCAUCUUUUGACGGGCAUUUUAGUCCAUAUUGUUUGAUAAAAUGAUGUGUCUAUGAAAGCACCACAUUAGUACUGAACGUAAGUCAUAUCGAUUUCGGGAGGAUAAGUUUGUGUUGAAUCUAGAUGCAGCAGGUGGCUUUGAGCAGUUUGCGUGUGUGCAUUUUACUCUAAUGUUGAUGUCUGAGAUAUCUAUGAACAAAAUGAGCAGCAAUCAUUUGAAAGAUGUAUGAGAAAACAAUUUAUAUUUGAUAUUUCUAUGAAAAGGUUUUUUGAACUGAAGCCACAAUAUGUGUAUAUUAUUAUAAGUACAGUAUACACUACAUAUGUUUGGCUGUCUGUGUGAACACACUAUAACACAAUUAAUGGGUGUCAAAGUGCACAUAUUCAUUCUUGAACUAUUUUGAAAAAAGAAAGUGACCUUUAUAAGUGGAUAGUCUACACAACUACUGACCUUUUGUAUUUGUUAAUUUGAAAGCACAAAAGCGAUUAUGAAUAUUAUUAUUUUCCUAAUGUUUCAUUCAGAUGCACUGCUUCUUUUGUGAAUAAGGAUUUAAUGUUACAGCAAGUGAUGAAAUUCAAUGUUCUCUCUCUCUCUUUCUCUCUCUCUCU